UUGCCCCGCCCCCUUUGUGGCCCCGCCCCCCGCUCGCUGGCAGUAGCUUCACUUUUCCUCGAGACACACGGAGAUAUUAUGCUUUAUAACACUCAGUUUAUGGCGUUAACCCGGCAGCUGGUGUUAUGAGUCGCGUCCUGACAGAAGCGUGCAGGUAACGCCUAAUUCCUGUGGAUUCUGUUUUGUAACUACAGUAAGGAAAUAUUUCACCUGGGUCUACAAUUCCACUUCAUAGUCCAAAUGGAUUCCUAUCAUUUCCACUUUGAGAGGAUGAGUAACCUUGACCUACACCCUCUGAGUCUUCCGGUCAGUCGACUUUCCCCGGCCAAGUCCAGUAGUAGUAUUGAUCAGUAUAACCAUCACCACAGCAAAGGCGACUCAGCCUAUAGCUCAUUCUCCGGUGGUUCCACAGUCCCUGAUUACCCUUCUCCUUUUCUACUAGAUGAACUCCAGUCACAAAACUUGCACUGCAAAGGUAAAUACAGCCCAAGCUUUCUUAAUUCAGAUUCCAAGAGCAUGGACCACCUUUACCGUUCCAUGGAAACCGUUGCACAAGAGCAUCACUGGAGCAGCGGUGGCUUCUCUGACAUUGAAGAUCCACCAGUUCAUACGCAUCCAUUACCACCACCACCACCACCACCUCCUGCCCGUCUGAACAGUUUUGUAACAACCAGGAACCUUGAAAACUCAAGGGCACGUCAGAGUCCAGAAGGACAACUUGCUGACCUUUCUACUUCGCAGCAGACAAGUAAUUCAGAGGUCUGUGGUGUCCGGGCUGAGCCUGUCUAUGGUCGCACAUUUUCACAGCUUAAAGAUCACUUCAUGCAAGACCAUGAGGACAAGAUGCUUGAUCCACCAAAGUCUACAGGAAUUUUAAAUAGAUUCCCCCAGCAAACCUGUCAACCAGAGCACUUGCAGCAGUCUAGGAGCAGCCAAUCUGAAACCCAACGGAAGAGGUCGCAUUCAGCUUAUGGUGGACCUGUUUCGGAGCACCAGUGUUUUGUGAGUUCCUGCAAUAUGCCGCAGAACAUGAUCAGUGGGAGUAUUCAGCACAAAGGACAGUUUUAUUUUGUUACCGGUGUCUUCAAGUCAUCUGAGCCUAGUGUCGUUCAAGGUGUUGGUGACGGUGCAAGCGUGGAAACCCCCAGUGAGUGGUCUUAUAAAGCUCAGCGUAGAAGGCAGAGCUGUCCUGAUGGUCCGAGCGGAAGACUGUUUUUCCAAGAGGAACACAAAUUCAGCAUUCAGAAUGAAGUUGUGGAGCAUCCUAAUGACAAGGCACUUCAUUCAUCUUUCAAGUCAGAGCAAACUUCUGAAGGUGUGGAGGACCAGAGGGUCAUGAGUAGAGAAACUGGCAGGCAUCACUCCACCAGCCACCCUAUCUUCUUUUGUGGUCCAGAGGACAAUUCAGUUGGUACAACGAUGAACCCUGCUCAAAUUAAGCAAGACCAUACCAGCCACCCUAAGAAAGAGGAACCGAUGACAAGAGCUUUGAGACAGCCCCAACUGGAUAUCCCAAGUGACAAGAUCAGCAAGGAGGCUACCCCACUGUUAUAUCACCUCACAGGAGCAAACAGGGUGUCAUAUACAGACAAGUUAAAAAACAAUAAUGACUGUGGUAAAGAGGUCAAGAAUCCUGACUGCGUCAAAGAUAAACAGAAAUCUGGAAAUGAUGAGCAAGCUUCUCCCAGCAGCGAAUAUAGGCAGAGUGAAAUGUCUAAAGAUAAACAGCCAAAAGAAUUCUACUACCAAUGCGGUACAUUAGAUGACUCCUACAAGAAGUAUUAUAAGGAGAAACUGAAAGAUGCCCAAUCCAAGGUUUUGAGGGAGACUUCAUUUAAAAGGAGAGAUUUGCAGCUUUCCCAGCCCCACAGGAUCAAGCAGCAGACAGAUAAAAAGCUUUCUGUCGAACCUUCCGGUCCUUCAUUACAAGACAAACUUCCUAACUUGGAGACAACUCCCGUGCCACAACUACACAAUCCUCAAGAGUACAGCAAGGACCCUAGUCUGGAGAUUGAGAAGGCAAUUGGAAAAAAAACUGAGAAGCCACAGAAUAUUGCUCAACCGCAAGUGCCUCGAGUAGGGAGUAGGAAGCGUUUGACAGCAGAUCAGAAGAAGCUCUCUCACUCUGAGCCUGAGAAGCUACACCAGCUGGCAGAUGGACCGGCUCAUAUGACCUGUCACUCUCUUGGCAAUGAAGCAGAAGGUCUUUUCUCAGAGGGCGAUCACAGUCUAGUGGCUGCUAGAUGGAAGAUGUUCGAAACACGGGGACGUGCUAUGUCUGCCUCCAAUUUUUCAAGAUCAUCUAUGAAGCACCUUCAGCAUAAAGCCUUAGUGGCAUACAUGGAACGUAAAACCGGUCAAAAGGUUGCUGAGCCCCAGCGCCCAGUUCUACAAGUACCCAGCCACAGGGAUUCAACUGCAGAGAGCUCCAGACAUAAUUCUGGCCUGUCAGACUCCAAGAAGCUCGACAGGCCUCUCUCCGCAGGUCAGAUUCUUGACUCCGUGUCCAGUUCUGUUAAAUACUCCCAGUUCAUCACUGCUAAGCACUCAAGGCAGUCCAGCUGGAGAGAGGAGUCCUCUACAGCAGGGAAGUCUGCCUCUGUGGAGAGUCUCCUUGACCAGCCUGAACAACCUAAGUUCUUUCGGACCCGAAGCACAUCGACUCCCCAUGCUUUCCAGGUUCGGAAACAUCCAGACGAGUUCUCAGCCAUUCAUAAUAAGGCUAUUUUAAGUGUUCAAAGGAAAAUAGAGGAAGACACAGUAGUCCAUCACAGUCGCACAGCAUCUGUCCCUGAUGAGCGGCACGUACAAGUCAGAGCUUCAAGAGGGAAAUCUAUGGAAGAGCUUGGUGUAUCCAGGGUCACAAGACCUGAAGUUCUCAGUAAGAGUUCAGAGCAGCUUGACCAAGUGCAGGGCAGCCAGGUCAUGCCUGGUACAGAGAGGGGAACGAUGUCAUUUCUUGCUAAAGGAAGGCGCUCACAAAGGAGGAUUCCCAGCUCUGGAGAACACAUGGAUAACUCUCCUGCAGGCCCUGAGAACCUGCUCUUAACCCAUUUUGUAAAGCAUGUGUCCUCCUAUGAUGAUGAAAUCCAUACAGCUUCACACAAUGGACGAAAUAAUAAACAAGACAUGGAUCUGUCGAUGCCCAGUCACUCCAUGCCGGAAGUCAGCAAGCAGCAGGACGUUUGUCCUCAAGAUAACAGUGAGACAUCUCUCUCUAGUCAAGAGGUUUCUCUCGGUCACGGAGUCACGACAGAUCCCAGUCUGUGGAUCUCAGCUUCUGUGAUAAAUAAGACAGAGGCAAACUAUUGUCCAGCUACUGAAACAGCAACUUCUGCUGAACCCCAGAAUGCACCGCGUAGCCCAUCUGAUAAGAACGAAACCACACCUAUCACAACACCUCCAGCCAAUCAGGAAACAGAGUCCAGCCUGGUACCUGCACUUAAUAGGGAACAAGACGGGAAUGUAAAGAAGGAAGACGGCCCUGUUGUGUUGGAAGGGAGCUGUCCAGCGGACAAACUGGAGUGGGAGGUGCUGGUACGAGACGUGGUCUCAGCUGACCAAUCGUUAGCUCGCAUUCUUUACCCCGUAACCAAUAGGAAGACAGCACUCAUGCUGAUGGAGCAGCUGUUGUCUGAGGAUACUCUUCUAAUGGAGGAGCACUACAAGAAAAAACAGGAGCAGAAGGUUAAUAACCCAGAAGAAGCUGCUCACAGCGCUGAGAUGCCAGUAGGUGAGAAACCACUGAACCUUCCAUCCUCUGUGAACAAUCAAUCUGUUCUCUCAAACCAGAACGAUGUCCUGAGCAACACAGAUAUCAUCGAUAAGAAGAAGCUACUGAUAGCACACAUAAAGGAGCACUUGCAGUGUCUGGAGGAAGUGCGCUCCAGCGUCCGGAGCGAGGAGAAGGUGAACGGGGAGCGAGGCGAUGCUCUGGAGGCUCUGGUACGAGAGAGCUGUGUGUCAGCCGAGCUUGAGCGCUACACGCAGUUUAUAGAGGACCUGGAGCGUGUGGUCAGCCUGCUGCUGUGUCUGUCGGCCCGUCUGGCCCGUGUGCAGAACGCCCUCAGCACUGCCGACGACAGCAUGGACGCCGAGGAGAGACAAUCGCUGGACAGCCGCCACAGUCUCCUGUGCAAGCAGAGGGAGGACGCCAAAGACUUAAAGGAUAACCUGGACCGACGGGAGCGCGUGGUCUCCGCCUUCCUCUCCAGACAGCUGACGGACACACAGCUGCAGGAGUACCGGCGCUUCAUUCAGACCAAGGCCUCUUUACUCAUCCGUCAGAAAGACCUCGAUGAGAAACAGCGUUUAGGAGAGGAGCAGCUCGAGGCCUUACUCUGCAGUUUACCUCCUUCAACCUCCUGCACAUGGCUCUGUAACGCCUGAAAGUGCCGUUUGUUUCACAGAGACUGAGAUGCUAGGUUUCAUCUGAUAUUUGUGAAUCAUGUUAAGAUGACUUUCGAAAGCUUUAAGAGAGCUUGAGAGCUUCAAGUAGAUGAAUGACACUCUAAAAUCAAGACCAAAAACGGAAGAAAGAAGCACCUUUGAUAAUAAACUGCACAUACUCUUUAGGAACCAGGCACUUGGAUAUUGUAAUGCAUCCUAAGUGUUCAUUUGUAAUGAUUUCAGAGCUUCGUUAUUUCACUGAUGCCCUUUUGUCCUGUAAUUUCAUUUGCCGCUAUCAUGUUGGAUGUGUAUUUAAUGAUCAAGUACUUAAAUUCAGUUUUGAAGAAUCUCUUAAAGACGUGUCUGGUGAAACGACUGAAGUCUGUAUUAUUUAACUGCCAUCUUUCCCAGUGUUGGGGAAAGUAAUGCAUUACAAUAUUUUAAGUUUUACUCUCUACUUUUUGUGUAAAGUAAUGUGUUGCUUUACUUUCUCUCAACUGGGCUGAUCUUGCUUGUUUGAUCAUUUGAAUAUAAAAAAGCAACUUUUUCAAAUA